AUGGCUAACAACAACAGCUCUUCCUUGAAUACCAACAACAACUUGAACAACUUGAACACCACCACCACCACCACCACCACUCUGACCAAUCCAUGUAAACAUUGGUUACCUUCACAUGCUUGGGAAGCCAUUUCCAAUCUUGACAAAUUAGUUCCAUUCUUCCAUGGCAUUGCAAGAUCCUUUGAAGAAGAAAGUGAAGAAUGGAGAGUGUGGUAUCUCUCUGAUCAUCCAGAGAAUGAACAUUUACCAUCGGAAUGGCAAACCAAAAUUGAUGAUUGGACCAAAAUGCUCAUUGUUCGAUGUGUGAGACCUGAUCGUCUCAUUCACAUGAUCAAAUCCUUUAUUGUAUUGAGAAUGGGUUCAGACAAGUACAUCAAACCACCUUCUCUCGAUAUUUCAUCCAUCUAUGAACAUGAUUCAGAUCCUUACACUCCUAUUAUUUUCAUCCUUGCAUCGAAUGUGAAUCCUCAAGAACAAAUUACAAAAUUAGCUCAUGAAAAAUCCAUCAAAUUGAAUGUCUUUUCAUUGGGAAGAGGUCAAGAACAUUGUGUCGAAGAUGCCAUUUCAAAAGCAGUGAGGAAUGGAGAAUGGGUCUUUUUGGCAAAUGGUCAUUUGAUUGUGAAUUGGCUUUCAAAACUUGAUGAACGUUUAGAGAGUCUUCUCAAGAGAGAUGUUCAACAACAAGAAACUAAUGAUAAUAAUGGUACUAUUAUGACAACAAGUCAUAGUAGUAGUAGUGCUGGUGGUAGUGGUACUGCUGGUAGUAGUAGUUCUAAUAAUAAUAAUAAUAAUAGAAUUCAUGUACAUUCCAACUUUAGACUUUGGUUAUCAAGUAAGCCACAUCCUCAAUUCCCAAUUAGUCUUCUCCAUCGAUCUACCAAAGUGGUGAGUGAAUCUCCAAGUGGAAUUAUUGGCAAUAUGACACGAUUAUUUAAAUUAAUUUCACCUCAACAAUUUGCACAAGAUGCAUUCAUGUUGAGUCCAGAGUAUCGAAGAGUAUUCUUUGCACUCACUUAUUUCCAUAGCAUUCUAGUCGAGAGAGAAAAGUUUGGAAAUUUGGGUUGGACUCGAUCCUAUGAUUUUAAUGAUUCUGAUUUUGAAUCUGCUGUCAAGGUAUUGAAGAAUAUGUUAAGUCAUUCCAUCAUGAGUGGUGGUCAACAAGGUGGUGGUGGUCAACAAGGUGGUGGUUCAGCUGUGAAUAUUGCCACUACUACGACUACCAAUAUUGCCACUACCACUACAACACUCAACAAAUCCAACUUUUCUUUUGAAGCAUUCCGUUACAUGAUUGUGAAUGUUUGUUAUGGUGGACAUGUCACCGAUGAAGUGGAUCGAAAAUUGUUAGAUGUCUACACACGACAAUGUUUCAAUGAAUUACUGAUGGAUAUGAAUGAUUAUCCAUUAUCCAUCACUGAUGAUCGAUAUCUAGUCCCUGGAAAGAGUAUUCUCUCAAAAUAUUCCAUCAUGAUGAAUUCAGGAGGUCAAUCUGCUGUUGGUAGUGCUCUCUCAAAUUCUAUUACAUUUUCAGGAAAUACAAAGAACAAGAACAAUAUUGGUAACAACAACAACAUGAAUAAUACUCUAGAUCCAACUCUUGAUCAUUCUGCCUAUGUGAAAUACAUUCGUGAAGGUUUACCACAAAAUGAUUCUCCUGGAGCAUUUGGACAGAAUUCCAAUGCAAUCAUUACCAGUCAAAUUGAAAGAGCAAAAUCUCUACUCGAUGGACUAUUGAUCAUGUCAACAACAACAACAACAAGUCAUCUUUCAAGUAGUGGUGGUGGUGGUGGUGGUGUUGGUAGUAGUGUUGGAGGUGGUAUUGGUGGUGGUGGUACGUCUUCUUUGAAUAUUAUCCAUGUUAAUCAUAAGAUGAAUACUAUUACAACAACAUCACUCUCUUCACAACCAGAGAAGGAACAACAAGUGAUUCAAGGAAUUCAUGAUCUUUUAUGUCAAAUUCCUGAAAAUAUUGAUACUUCAAAGGUGAUUCAUACAGAUCAACCAUUAGUAAUUGUUCUGUUACAAGAAUGUGAAAGAUACAAUUCAUUACUUUACCGUGUGAAAAGUCAUUUAUCACGUUUAUGGAUUGCACUCAAAGGAAGUUCAAUCAUGGAUCAAGAAUUAGAAGAUUUAUUCUCAUGGAUCAAGAAAGGAAAGGUUCCAAUUCAAUGGCUCUCAGUGUAUCCAUCCACUAAACCUCUCUCCUCAUGGAUUUAUGAUUUAUGCAAGAGAGUCGAGUUCUUUACUAAUUGGGCAAUCUCCAAUCAAGAACCAAAUAUCUUUUGGCUCUCUGCAUUCACUCAUCCAGUUGGUUUCUUGACAGCUGUGAAACAAAUUGCUGCUCGACGAUACAAUGACGUGGACAAAUCAAUUGACAAACUGGACUUUGAAUAUCAAUUUAUUUCUAAAGAUGUUGUGGUUCAUAACGAGAGUGCAAAGGAAGGUGUUUAUGUGUAUGGACUUUGGUUAGAAGGUGCGGGAUGGGAAUUCACAUCGAACAGUCUGGUCGAACAAAAACCUCAUCAACUACGUUGUGAACUACCAGUGUUGCAAUUAAGGGCUGUCCCUCAGGAUGAACUUAAAAAGUAUUCGAAUCCUAAUGCCUAUUAUAAGGCUCCACUCUACUAUUGUCCAGUGAGAGGUGGUGGUGGUGGUCCAAUUACCUAUAUUGAUUUAAAGAUCAAACAGCAAUGUGUACCACUCACUUCUCCAGUAUUUAUUAAUGCUCAACUGGCAGAUGAAAAGCAGUACGACAAGUCUAAUCCAUUGGGCAAUUUGUUGACUUUGUCAGAUCAUUUCACCAAGAGAGGAACUGCCCUUAUUCUACAAGAUUAA